CUGGUGAAAAUGGCUGAAAAUGGAGAUGGUGAAAACAUGUCUAUUUUGGAAAGCAAGAUCUGUCAGCAAAUUGAGUACUAUUUCGGCAAUCACAAUCUACCAAGAGACAAGUUCCUAAAAGAACAGAUCAAACUAGAUGAUGGCUGGGUGCCUUUAGAAGUAAUGAUCAAAUUCAACAGGUUAAGUCGCCUUUCAAAAGAUUUUAGUGUUAUUGUAGAAGCACUAAGAAAAUCCAAGACUGGUUUAAUGGAAAUAAAUGAAGAUAAAACUAAAAUCAGAAGAUCUCCAAACAAACCCCUUCCUGAAUUAAAUGACCAAUAUAAGGCUGCAAUUAAAAACAGAUCUGUAUAUGUUAAAGGCUUUCCACUAGAUGCAACUCUUGAUGAUAUCAAAGAAUGGCUUGAGGAUAAAGGUCCAGUUGAAAACAUUCAGAUGAGGAGAACAUUGCAGAGAACAUUUAAGGGCUCAAUAUUUGCAGUUUUUGAUAGCGUUGAAUCUGCUAAGAAGUUCACAGAGAUCCCAAACCAGAAGUACAAAGACACAGAGCUGAUAGUACUUUUCAAGGAGGAGUAUUGUACAAAGAAGAAUGAAGAAAGGAGACAAAACAAAGUAGAAGCUAAAGCAAGAGCUAAACUGGAAAAAGAAGAAAAACAGAAACAAGCAGCGGAUGCUGAAAUGAAAUCUCUGGAAGAAAAGACAGGAUGUCUUUUGAAAUUUUCUGGUGAUCUAGAUGAUCAAACAUGCAGAGAAGAUCUCCAUGAUGUAUUUUCUGAUCACGGAGAAAUCAAAUGGAUACACUUUGUCAGAGGUGCGAAGGAGGGAAUUAUCCUAUUUAAGGAUAUUGCAAAAGAAGCUCUUGAAAAAGCCAAAGAAGCACAUAAUGGAAACUUACAGCUUCGGAACAAGGAUGUUACGUGGGAAUUGCUAGAAGGAGAUGCAGAGAAAGAAGCUCUGAAAAAAAUAUUGGAAGAUCAGCAAGAGUUGCUGAAACAGAAAACAAAAGGACGCAAAAUUAAAGGAAAAGGAAGAGGGGGAAAGAUACCUCAAGGUGCACACAAAGGAAAAGUACAGUUUCAGGGCAAGAAAAUAAAGUUUGACAACGAAGAAGAAGGUGGUGAAGAUGAUACUAAAACAGAACCAGCAAGUCCCAAGAAGAGACCACUAGAGGAAACAGAAAAAGAAGAACCUGCACCAAAACAACUGAAAACAGAAAACGGAGAUGGAGAUCAGUAAUACUA